AAUUUAAAAUAAAAUUGAAGUACAGAGGAGGAGAUCCAACGAGGCGAACUCCUUUUCCUUCCUCGCUUCCUCCCCCUCGUGUUCUCCUCCUUUCUUCUGCCGCCGUGCUCUGCUCCCCUCCCUAGUCCACUCCACGCCGUCCACCCGCCACCCUCUCGGUCCCUCUCCCCGUCCCCACCACUCACCACCGCGCUCGAAUCACUCUUCGAAGCAAGCUCCUCGGGCUCCGCCACCUCCGCCACCGGAGCUCGCCGUCGCCGCCGCUGGUAGAGGUCGCUGUCUGUCGCCCAAUCUGUGCUUGCUGGACUCUCGCCGCGUAGGAUCGCUUCCGGUUGGUUUCUUGGGGCAGCCCCGCGCACCGAUUUCAACUUGGCAACGGCGGUUUGCAGGCAAGGAAGGGUAGGUUGGAGAUGUCUUGAUUUGGCAGGAUAACUGGUGUAAUCAAGCUAUUUUGUCUGCGAUGGGAGUACUCUGUGGAGCGGAAGUGGGGGGUUAGGGCUUGGUAUGUGGUAGUAGCUCCUGCUAAAAAGGAAGCAAGGAGCAUUUUUGUCGCUCGUUCCAGGGAGGAUUUGAAGCUCGUCGGUGCUGAUUUGGGUAGAGUCAGCUGUGCUGGGUGAUAGCAUGAUGAAACAAAUAUUUGGGCGGCGGAAAGCGUCCAAAUCAGCAGAUAAGGAAUUUGUUGGUGGGACGAGCCCUUUGGUGUUGUCGGGUUCUGGAAUUGCCAACUCGAGUAGCCAGCCGCCAAUUCUGUCGAGUAGUGGACUUAGCUACGGAAGUGGAAACCAUGUAGGGUUGCCAAACUCAAGGAUAAAUGAUACUUUGUUCUCUUCUAACUUCCAACCGUUGCCGAGCUUUAAGGAUGUGCCAAAUGCAGAGAAACAAAACCUGUUCUUUAGAAAGUUGAACUUGUGCUGCACUUUGUUUGACUUUACAGAUCCGACAAAGAACAUAAAGGAGAAGGAAAUAAAGAGGCAAACACUGUUGGAGAUAGUUGACUAUGUUGUGUCUGCCAAUGUGAAGUUCCCUGAGAAUGUUGUUGAAGCAAUCACAAAAAUGAUUUCAGUAAACUUGUUCAGGACACUGACUUCCCCACCCAGGGAGAGAAAAGUGCUUGAAGCUUUUGAUCUAGAAGAGGAGGAACCAUUGACAGACCCUGCGUGGCCACACUUGCAGUUUGUGUAUGAGUUGCUCUUGAGAUUUGUUAUAUCUCCAGAAAAUGAUGCUAAAUUGGCAAAAAAAUAUAUUGAUCAUUCCUUUAUUUUAAGACUGCUUGAGCUCUUUGACUCUGAGGACCCUAGGGAGAGGGAGUGCCUUAAGAUGAUACUUCACCGUAUGUAUGGAAAGUUUAUGGUGUAUCGGCCAUUUAUUCGGAAAGCUAUCAAUAACAUAUUCUACCAGUUCAUAUAUGAAACCGAAAAGCACAAUGGAAUAGGAGAGCUCUUGGAGAUUUUAGGAAGUAUCAUCAAUGGAUUUGCUUUGCCACUCAAGGAAGAGCACAAACUGUUCCUUGUAAGGAUCUUAAUUCCACUUCAUAAGCCAAGGUGCAUUUCAACGUACCAUCGGCAGUUGUCUUACAGCAUUACACAGUUUGUUGAAAAAGAUUGCAAGCUUGCGGAUACUGUUAUUAGGGGCCUCGUAAAAUAUUGGCCAAUCACAAAUAGCACAAAGGAGGUGAUGUUUUUAGGGGAGUUGGAAGAUAUCCUAGAAGCAACACAACCUACCGAGUUUCAAAAAUGUAUGGUUCCUCUUUUCCACCAGAUUGCUCGCUGCUUGAACAGUUCUCACUUUCAGGUUGCUGAGAGAGCAUUGUUUUUGUGGAACAAUGACCACAUCGGGAAUUUGAUUCAACAAAAUAGUAAGGUGAUACUGCCUAUUGUCUUCCCUGCAUUGGAGAAAAAUAUAAAUGGGCACUGGAAUCAGGUCGUGCAAAGCCUCAGUCUGAAUGUCCGAAAGUUAUUCUCCGAUCGUGACCCUAAACUAUUUGAUGAGUGUUUGCGGAAAUAUGAGGAAGACAAAGCUAAAGAGAAGGAGCUUAAAUUGAGGCAAGAAUCGACAUGGAAACGUCUAGACGAGAUUGCAUCAGCGAAAGCAACAAGCGGGGAGGCUGUCCUGGUCACUCCGACCUUGCCUCGUCAAUCUUCAGCCAUGUAGGAACUUCCUUAAAUGGUCCUUGGAGAGGCAUCAGAGAAUGUACAGGAUUAGGUUGUAGAUACAAGGGUAUAUGAAGCCACCAAGGCGGGUGUGCAAAUUGAGUUAAAGAUCUGAGAAGCCUAUUGUGUAGAGGCAGUAGCACCGUUUCUGUAAAUCCCAUACCAUGGCUUCUUGGCAUUCUGGUGGUUCGGUCUGUUUUUGUAGUUUGUUAUUUGGAGAAUGGAUAAGUCUUUUUUUUCGUAUCUUGGUAACCCAGUUCGGUUAAAUUCCGGUAUGGUUUUUUCGUUUUAUAUUCGAAUGGCUGGUAGUUGGCUGAAGUAAUAAAGAUUCAGUAUGUUUCCUUA